GUCAGUUAUCAACUUAAGUAACUAACAAUUAGUUAAACCCACCAACCCCUAACCCACCCGCUGACAUCAUCCAAUCAUCCCCUCCAACUUAGCUAACUAAGUACUAACUUAACUACUCUUCACACAAUUACUUACCCGUUCCUCUUCACCACCAUCAAUCACCUAACCUCACCACCAAAGAUAAAUAACGAAAUAUAGAAGCAAAAAAGAAAAAUGACCUCCCCUCUCCCACCCCUCACCCAACCCACAUCCACAUCCACAACCAAACCCAAGGAAACAACAAACAACAUGCACAACCACCUCCCCCGCAUCACCAUCAAAUACUGCACUCAAUGUAAAUGGUUACUGCGCGCUGCAUACUUCGCCCAAGAACUCCUCUCCACAUUCAACACUCAGCUUGGCGAAGUAGCUCUCGUUCCUGCGACGGGGGGUGUGUUUACUGUUACGAUGUAUCAUUCUUCUUCUUCUUCUUCUCCUACCUCUGCCUCUGCCUCUUCUACAUCUACGGGUACAGCACAACAAGGUGAAGAGGUACCAGUAGCAGUGGCAGGAGCAGGUACUGGGGAUGAGGAGGAGGAUGAUAUCACCGAGAUUAUUCUCUGGGAUAGGAAGACGAAUGGGGGGUUUUCUGAAGUCAAAGUGUUGAAAAGUCUGGUGAGAAAUGUCGUCGAUCCUAGUAGGAAUUUGGGGCAUACGGAUCGGGCCUUGAGGGCUGCGAAUGUGCCGGUGCAGAGUCAGGAAGAGGGUGAGAUGAAGGUUGUGGGGAAGAGUGAGGAGCAGGGUUCUACUGCUGCUACUGCUGCUACUACGAAAGAAGGUGACAGGUGUGAGGAGUGUCAGUGAUCAUCUACUCAACAAAUAGAAUCAUCAUGUAAAUGCAGACAAGCAUAUAUGCUCAAGUCCAUUUAAAAAGGAAUAAACCCAUACAAAAUAUCAAGUA